AUGAAAGAGCUAGAGUUUGAUACAGUCGUAUAUGGGACCGGAAUUACAGCCUCUCUCAUUGCUGCAAGUCUGACCAGAAAUGGAUUUCGUGUACUACAAGUUGACUUUCAUUCGUCCUACGGCGGAGAUUAUCGCACAUUUACCUUUAAGCAGAUUAUUAGUGAGCAGGAUGUUGUAAAAUUGCCAGAAGAUUCUCAGGGUAUCUCUGAGGAAGGAGAACAAUCUCCAGCUUCACAACAACUUGUGGACCAACUAGGUAAGAAUAACCCUUUGUAUGAGCACAAGGUAUUCUACCAGGUGAGCCCAUUCUCUGAUAAUGUAGAUUCUACACACGAAUCUCUACUUAGAGAGAGUAGUAGGUAUGCCAUUGAUUUAUGGCCGAAAUUCAUCUACUCUAAAAGUGCAGCAGUGGAACUAUUUUUGAGGUCUAGCUCCGAUACUUAUCUCCGUUUUUGCAGCAACUCUGGACCAAUUUUAAUAGGUAGAGAGGGAGAACCUGAACUAAAUGAAGUUUGCAAUAGUAAAGGCUCCAUUUUUAGGAGUAAAUACCUGGAACCCAUGGAGAAGAGGAUCUUGAUGAAAUUUAUCAACGAGCUCUCUGACCUUGUAAACACCAAAGUUUUUAGUUCAGAUUCGUUAAAGCGUGUGGAUUUUGAAGUUGAUAGUCAGGGGAGUCGAUUCCAGGGUUUGGAGGAAGACGGUACAGAACUAUGGGUCGAUUUCUUACGCAGAAAAAACUUUACCGAAAAGAUGAUUGAGUUGACAAGUCACGGCAUAUGUCUGGGAGGUAAUGAAUACAAAGAAUGGACUAAGACUGAUGGCCUCAAGAGAUUGCUAAAAUAUGUAGAAUCUAUCGGAGUUUUUGGUGACUUGGGAGGAUGCCUUUUAUACACUCUCUAUGGGACCUCUGAUAUCGUACACGCACUCUGCAGAUUAUCUGCAGUGCAUGGUUGUACUUUUAUGCUCAAUACAUUUGUAGAAAGUGUACACACAAAUGAGGGUAAAGUAUCUGGCAUCACACUGAGCAACUCUAUAUUUGUCAAAACAAAGAUGCUUAUUUCAGAAUAUCUAAUUCCGGGCCAUUUUGUGGAGCAUGCACAAGUGUUGGAACAUUUACAUGUCAUUUCCUUCGUCACAAAGACCCCUCUAUUCGAGGGCCCAAAUAUAGCAGUACUCGUGCCAAGGUCUGAAAAUGACGAACCAAUACAUGUUAUCCAAACAGAUUUGGAUAGUGGCACCGCUCCAAAGGGCGCAUAUGUACUACACCUAAUGACAGUAGACAAGGCCCCGCCAUCGCACUUGACCUCAUUCAACGAUACGACCGGUGUUGCAGCUCGAUUAAUUGAUGCAUACAAAUCGCUACCAGUGGAAAUAGAAUCGACGGCACUAGCGCUCUACACUACACACAAACUGGGUGAUGCCCGAGACAAGAUUGCACAAAUAGAUGCACACCAAGGAUUCCUCGGAGAAAAGGACAAGGAGACCAACGACACCGAUAAGGUCGGAUUCAUACAGAUACCACCACCCAAGGGAAGACCAGCGGUUCUGCUCCUGGAAGAAGUAUCGUUGGCUCAUUACAUUUGCGCACGACUGCUGGGAAAGGAGGUGAAUAACCUGGACCUAUACGAUAGGAUAGACCUGGAUAAGUUCCUGGACUUUGAAAAGGCAGAAGAAGAGGUGGAAUCGAGUCCUUUUGACAAGCUGGAUGAGAUUAUAGAAAAAUUUUCGAGCUAGUGACCUUAAUCGCAAAAUUUAAACCCUCUGGGACUAGCCCACAUCAAGUUAUAUUUCAUACACGACAUUAGCGUAAAUUUAACUUGUGAAAGUGGUCGAUAGAGCAGGAAGGAAGAGA